UUUGAACUCCUAAAAAAGUACAUAUUCAAACUAUUGUGGUACAAAUGCUAAUUAUACAAAAAAAUAGGGUUCCUUUUGUAAUUUUCCAAAAUAAGGGGGUAGUAUCACAAUUCUCUGCGGAGAUCGAAACCACUCUCCAUCUGAUGUACCAGUGAGCGAUUUUACAGUUUGAAGAAGGUAUACAGGGAGGGAAGAAGAGGAGAGAUGCAGUGGUAUAUCGUCGCUUCAGUACUCACCAUUCUCACAAGCUCUCAGGGAAUUUUGACAACAUUAUCGCAGAGUAAUGGGGGAUACAAAUAUGACUACGCUACCGUGCCUUUUCUUGCUGAAGUUUUCAAGCUUAUUGUAUCCGUUGUGUUACUGUGGAGAGAGCUCCAGAGGUCACCUUCUCCGAAAAUGACAACUGAAUGGAAAAGUGUUCGACUAUAUCCAAUCCCGUCGAUCAUUUACCUCGUCCACAACAAUGUGCAGUUUGCUACUUUGACGUACGUGGAUACCUCCACUUAUCAAAUAAUGGGCAACUUAAAGAUUGUUACAACUGGAAUACUAUUCAGGCUGUUUUUGAAGAGGAAGCUUUCUAAUUUGCAGUGGAUGGCAAUUAUUCUAUUAGCUAUUGGAACGACCACUAGCCAGGUAAAAGGUUGUGGAGAAGCUUCUUGUGACUCACUCUUCUCAUCACCAAUUCAAGGAUACAUGCUGGGUGUAUUAUCUGCAUGUCUGUCUGCAUUGGCUGGUGUUUACACGGAGUUCUUGAUGAAAAAGAAUAAUGACAGCUUAUACUGGCAGAAUAUUCAACUAUAUACAUUUGGUGCAAUAUUCAACAUGGCAAAACUAGUCGUGGAUGAUUUUAGAACUGGGUUCGAGAAUGGACCAUGGUGGCAACGUCUAUUAAAUGGAUAUACAAUCACAACUUGGAUGGUAGUCUUAAAUCUUGGGUCAACUGGGCUGCUGGUGUCGUGGUUAAUGAAAUAUGCAGACAACAUUGUUAAGGUGUAUUCCACGUCCAUGGCGAUGCUACUGACAAUGGUAAUAUCUGUGUUCCUUUUCAACUUCAAACCAACUGUACAGCUCUUUUUGGGUAUUUUUGUGUGCAUGAUGUCACUGCACAUGUAUUUUGCCCCUCCAAGUAUGCUUGUGGAUUUGCCUUUGACUUCAAAAGCCGCACCUGAAAGUGCAGUCGAAGUUUCUGUUGAUCGAAAAGCAGCUUCAUAAGAGCAUCCAUUCUUUUCGAUUUUAUAUCAGUAUUUCUCGAGGGUAUCAAAUGGGAAUCUUUUCCAAUCAUCGGGGCGUGUGAGAUGUACAGUGCAAGAGGUGUA